GUCCUUCUCUAACCCCUUUCCCCUCGUCAUCCGCCCCCCCACCCCCCUCCUUGCGAAAGAGGAGAAAGCAGACCGAGACAGAACGAUUUUUAUACCCCCCGCAGCUCCGAUCUCAUUUCUUGAUUCCUGUCGAUCCCUUCGGAGCGGGAUCAAGAUGUCGUCCCCGAGCAAGCGCCGCGAGAUGGACCUGAUGAAACUGAUGAUGAGUGACUACAAGGUGGAGACGGUUAACGAUGGGAUACAAGAAUUCUUUGUGGAUUUCCAUGGCCCGAGCGAGAGUCUUUAUCAAGGAGGAGUGUGGAGGGUGAGGGUGGAACUGCCAGAUGCUUAUCCUUACAAAUCUCCAUCAAUUGGCUUUGUUAAUAAGAUAUAUCAUCCUAAUGUAGAUGAAAUGUCUGGUUCAGUUUGUUUGGAUGUCAUCAACCAAACUUGGAGUCCCAUGUUUGAUCUUGUCAAUGUAUUCGAAGUUUUCCUUCCACAACUUCUUUUAUAUCCAAAUCCUUCAGAUCCAUUGAACGGGGAGGCUGCAGCACUAAUGAUGCGUGAUCGACCUGCUUAUGAACAAAAAGUGAAAGAAUACUGUAAAAAAUAUGCAAAGCCUGAAGACAUAGGCGCUUCUCCUGAAGAUGAAUCAAGCGAGGAAGAGCUGAGUGAAGAUGAAUAUGAUUCUAGUGAUGAGCAAGUGGUGGGAAAACCUGACCCUUGACAUGCAUUAUCUUGUUUCAGAUACCCGCUGGAAAAUCAAACUCUUUCAUUUCUUGGUGCCAUUGUAAAUAAGCAUACUCAAAUCAUGAAUUUAUUUAUGGUUCAUUGCAUGAAUGGACUUUUAGUGGGACCAGGUGCUGGAGUGGAGCACUCCAUGUAGAUCCAAGACUUGGAUUUCAAGAUCACUCAUGCUCUGCCAUUCCCAUCCCCUUUUUAAAGUUAUCUCAAGUUGUUGUUGUUGUUUUCUAA